CAGACCCAGGCAGCUCGCAGUCAGUGAUCAGAAGAGCAGAUAGUCACACUUACCUUGGUAUUUUCUCGCUCAGUCAACCCAACACUGCCUCACGGUGUGUAUCGACCAAAGAACGGAUGGCGGGUCAUAGAUUACUUUUAUAGUUAAGAUUGACAGGCAGGGAUAAACACUAGACGAAUCGAAGAACGGCGCCCUUUGCCAUUGGUCAAAACCAACCCAGCAGCGCCUAUACGCUCUGAGUACUCACACUCCAGCUCAACUCCCAGUCAGUGGAAGGAGAUGGAUCUAUACAUGCAACAGCUACAGAAGCCGGCUGUUCGGGAACUCUGGAUUUAGUGCUCAGCUAAUGGAUGUUUGUAAAGACCUGUUGGAAUACGUUGUAUGGGUGUUGGUGAAGACGGAUUUUCGCAGAGCUACUUGAUAAUUCGCCAUUGAACCAGUGUGUGCUGGUCUAAGAUAUGGACCGUAUUUGUAAUUACGAGAGCACGUGAGUGGUUUGAUUGAGCCAGGAUGGAGUCGAACCUGACCGAGUACGAGCCAUACAAGAGUGAAACCCUUGCCUCCUUUUACAAGUGGUACACGGGUGUCCAUGGUUACCUCAGCAUCCUCGUCUGUGUGUUUGGGAUCCCAAUGAACCUCAUCAACAUCACAGUCCUAUCCCAGAAGCAUAUGCGCACGCCUAUUAACUGUAUCCUUACAUGGCUAGCUGUGUCGGAUCUACUUACAAUGACGUCAUACGUCCCCUUCGCGAUUCACUUUUACUGUGUGUAUCCACCCUGGCAGGUAUCCCCAGAGAAGAACAGCAAGGUAUGGAUGCAGUUCAUUUUGUUCCACAUCAACUUUUCCGCCGCUACCCACACAGUUUCAAUCUGGCUUGGUGUAACUCUAGCUAUUUUCAGAUACAAACACAUAUAUUCUCCUGCCAAAGGGGCGAUAACUCGUAUACGACGGCUCGUCCGCGCCAGAAUCGCUGUCGUAAUGAUCUAUGUACUAUCCGCCGUAGGCCUUACCCCGAACUAUAUGACGAACAAGCUAACUUUUACUUUGACUGAAAACAACGAAACCGUAUACCAUUUUCAAAACCUCGGAUUAGGUACGUCGGACGUUAAACCGGUUGUGCUUUUGAAUUUGUGGAUGUACAGUCUGUUGGCGAAGCUGCUGCCAUGUAUAUUGAUGGUAGUCUAUGGCGGCCUGCUCGUCUGGACGCUGAAGUCGAAGCUGCGUCACAAACGCAGACGACUUUCCUGCACUUCCACCACGAUGCAGCGCCCCCUGGACAACUCACGAACGACCCGGAUGCUGCUGAUUGUGAUUGUCCUUUUCCUGAUCACAGAGUUUCCACAAGGAAUUCUCAUCAUCAUGAGUGUUACGUCCAGAGGAUUUUUCAGAAAUGUUUACAUUCCGCUUGGUGAUUUGAUGGAUAUGGUAGCGCUUAUAAACAACGGUGUGAACUUUGUGUUGUACUGUGCUAUGAGUCGGGACUUCAGGAGAACACUAAUGGACUUGUUAAAGAUGGCCGUCAUGCCCAAUGCCAAACACACGACAUCAAACGGCAUUCACAACGCUGACUCAGAGCGGUCAAAUACAGCAUUGAUUCUGCGCAUGACUUGACUAAGGCGGACCAGGGAUGGGUGAUGUAACAAAUAUGGCGCAUUGCUCAGUGUCAUUUCCGGUGUAUGACGUGGCAAAAUGCAAAUACAGCUUUUAAGAUUAUUUAUUGUAUAAUUUUAUAUUUCAGCGUCCCUGUCGUCAACCGGAAGUGUCACUGAGUAAUGUUGGUGUAUCGGAUUUAUGAUAUUCCACUGAGCAAAAGACUCACCAAAACCAUAUCAGUUUCUCGUUGUUGCCUUGUGACGUUUCGAAAUAUUCGUCCCCUGUGCCCAGUCCCUGUGUUACCAAUAUUUCCCUUGUACAGACGAACCCCGAUAAUCGGAACAAUCGUUUGGUGGGAACUCGUCCGGAUAAAUACAUGUCCGGAUAAAUACAUGUCCGGAUUAACUAAUACCGCUUAUGUAGGCGGCGGCUGUUGCCUGGAGUCCGGGCAAUUGAGGUUUCCUGGACAGUGAUCUGAUGUGACCGUUCUCUACCCAGAAGACUUACUCCUACAUAUCAAGACAUCAUCCUAAUCAGUUACAUUUCCAAGUACAGUGAAACAUAUUUUACCGGUUAAGUCGUUGGAUACGACAAUAGUUCGGGACAAACGGAGCAGCAAUAUUAGACCUAAAGGACAUCGAAUUUACUUCCAAAACAGAGUUCGAGUUUGCAAAACCUAGUGAAAUAUUGACAACACUUUGCAAAGGAAUUAUAUCCGUCAAUGAAUGUGAUUGGAAUCGAUUAGGAAUACACAACCCCAUUUGUAGAGAACGAGAAAUACACGCAAUCGUGAACAGAUUCUUUGACUAAUAUAGUGCUGAUUCUGCUUCUUUUAUCAGUAUUUCACGGUGUUCCAUGUAAAAAUGGACCAGAUUCAAAUCGACCUGAGGUAGUUACAGUUUAUUAAAACCUACAAGCUGGGAUAUGUUAUUUAUAGAUCAAGCAGAACAGUUGUUGCGAUUCUGUCCAAGACCAGCCAACCUUCCAACUCUGCACAACUGACAUCCUGUGUAUCUCCCGAACUUACGCUCGACCUGCAUGCGUGCAAAUACCGUAUUCGUAAGCACAAACACGUGUUGUAAAUAUGGCAUAAAAUUUACCAUUGCAUGUCGACAGACAUGUAAACAGUUGUAAAUUCAAUUUAAAGAUUUACCUGCGUAAAGAGUGGUUGUAAAUUUAAUUUACAUGUUUUAAAUAUUUGUCAAGUAUUAUAAAUUUCUUAAUUUACAUACCUUAACGUAAGUACAUAUAUAAAUGGACAUGCAGUUACGUAAUUUGGCAAAGAUGUUUUCUUCUAGUAUUACUGGAAGACAUAAUCAUCACUGACACGUACAUGUUUGUAACGAACACGUAACGAACUGACGGCUAUAACGAACUAUAUGUUUUGUUCCAGGCCACUUGUACAUUUUAGCCGUACGGUUAUGUCCCUUUGAAUUCGGCAUAACCGUAGUUUACUGCAUUACGUUAUGUUUCCAAUCGGUCAAGACGUCCAUUUGAUGUAUUUGCUUUACUGUCCCAAAGAACUAUCUCUUACUGUGAUAGCAGGGCGUCACGUUCCAGAAUAUUGUGAUGAUGGUUAUCAUUAUAGUUGAUAAUUCCUUACUUGUUAUAGUCCGUUUGUAUGAUGUGUGCUUUCCCUACCAUUUGUAAAGUCGAACACCGUUGGGUCGAACUUUGAUGUGUCCAAAUACGGAUGUCUGGAAGUAAAAAGCUUGGUCCCACGUAUACGGUGAUUGGUUAUCCCUUUGUGGUUGUAUCUUAUCUCGGAUAACUCGAAGUGUUAUGUAGGUCCCGUCAACUUCGACACAGGGAGUGUUUGACUGUAAAUAAUUUUGACAAUACACUGUGAUACCGUUUCUUGUUAUAUAUAUAUAUAUACCAGAGUACCAAGGCAACCCCACAUGACGGUGUGGCAAGUCAGUUAAAAGUUCAGUUUUGAAAUAGAAGUAUUUAGAUCAGAUUUGUUUAGUGACCCCAAACAUGUGUAUUUUACCACAGAUUUGCCAUACUGUCAUGGCGGACCAGUGGUUUGAUAUUCUGGAGACUUGUUCUGAGAGGGGUGUGUAAGCGAGUUGGAUUAGUGCCCGUUGAUAUGUUUCUUUGUUGCUUAACGCCGCAAUCGGCAAUAUUCCAGCUAUGUGACUGCGGUCUGUAAAUAUUUGCGUCUGGUUCAGAUCAUCGAGUGAUUGAUAUCAUGAGCACACAUCAACGCAACCGGGGAUACGACGGCAUGUGUCGACCAAGUCAGCGAGCAUGACCAUCUACUACGUUAGUCUCAUCUCACGACAAGUACUGGUUUGUGAAGACGGAUUGUUACUUUAGACAGCAUCAGUGUGGUGUCACGAUGUGUAAGAUUAAUGUCAUGGUAUACAAAGCAGAGGUCCUGAGUGUUCCCGGUUAUCGUGAAACCUACAAGGGUUAUGGUGGUGGCAGAAAGGAUCAUAAUCAUCUCAUCUUAUCCUGACUCACUAAGGGAAACAACUCUGCAAAUGUGUUUGACGGACUGGACCAUAAGUGUCGCCAAGAUUAAUAGGAUUAAUAAACCCAAGUAAUACACUCAUUUCAAUGAGAAUCUGAAAUUCAUAACAAUUGAUUCUUAGCUUACUCUCUGUCGCUGUCUUUAGGAUCACGUCACUGCCUAAAGCUAUAAUCAAAAACACUUUGCACGAAGCUAACACACUAAAUGCUUUUUUGUGCCGACCGUUAGUGUUUUGUUUCGGUUUGUAUACAACCGUUCUCCUUUUUAAUAAUUUAUAUAUGGUUGCCUUGGGACACAUUCACGACACACUUUACUUUCCUCAAGCACGCAAGCAUAUUGUCCUUAUAAUUAUAUACAGCAAAGUGGGCGUUGGAUGUUAAUUCAGUAUGGCAUGGUGACAAUGCUUCCAUUAAGCCUCAUCUCGCUGUUAAGCCCUGGGGCUUUGUAAUAACGACUUCUUGACCUGAUAGUAAUUCUGUGUUCGUGUACCUGUAAGAAUGGACUAUGUGGGUUUUAAUAUUAGAGUGUGUUUAGCUUAACAACAAAAGCAUACAGGCGUAAACAUGGUUUCGUUCAGGUUUACUGAACUGGAAAUUAUUUUUUGACUUUGUGGAGUAUCUAUUGAAAAGAUACAAGAUUAUUACAAUACAUUCUUAACAUAUUCAUGCGUUAACAUAUAGACAUUUCCCUUUCGUAACCUGUCCCAAAAUUAUAUUUUUCAAAUAUUUUCGUUAUAUAUGUUUAAAAUGUAACAUUUGUAAACAUUUGCAACCAAUUAUCGCGAUGGAUAAAACGUCUUCAACUCAAUAGUCCAAGGGACAAAAUUUUAUCGAGUUAUGCAAAGUUCGAGAGAACAGGAGUAUUUAUCAGUGACAAUGGAGAUCGCGUUGGGAUUACAAAGUGCGUGAGUUAAGUUUUACACCGCUUUUAGCAAUCUUCCAGCAAUAUCACGGCGGAGAACUCCAGAAAUGGGCAUCACACGGUGUACCCAUGUGGGGAAUCGAACACAAUUCAUCCGGGUGACGAGUGAAUUCUUUAUCCACUAGGCUACCCCACGGACCCCGGGACUACAAAACCAAUUUGUCCGAAACUAUACAUUGAAUAGAAGGAUGUCCAGUAAACAGUGGAUUUAUAAUGUACAUUGACACUGAUGGUGUUCAGACUUGAGGGUUGUUGGUCAGGAAUUGUUUGGGUGCAAAUUGUUUUCCCAAUUUUUUCUUGUUCAUUGUCUCUGUAUAUCAGCAUCGUUAUGAAAUUUGUUGAACAUGUGCUUUUUACAUAUUGUUACUGUAUAUAAGUCAAAUGGAAAAUAAAACAUUUCGAAGAAUA